UUUAGGUUAUUUUAUACUUGUUUACUGUAUAUAAUUUAACAAUGUGGCGGAAUAUGCCACACGCCCUCUUAGAGUUGAAUAUUUUUAUCUACAAAGUUGUACGCAUUUUAAUUCUACACAAUCAUACUAUACAUGAUAUGAAGCGAUGCAGAUGAAAUACUGCCAGUGUUCAGAGUGAAAACGUGUCUAACAAUAUAAUUUUCACAUAGAUAUACUGAUAAGAGGGUCACUUUAGAAGUUUAAAGUUAUAUUUACACGGUUCAUGUGAAUACAGGUGCCAUAUAAACUGUUUAUUUCACAAUGGCAUCACAAGGCUCAAUUGUACCCCUGCAUGAGUUUCACGCGUUUGUCGUCAGGUGUAUGAAAGCAGUUAGGAUCUCAGAAGAACAUGGAUCAUCCCUGGCUGAUCUUCUGGUAUCUGCAGAUUACAGGGGCCACUACAGUCACGGCUUGAACAGACUGGACAUGUAUAUAACUGACGUGAAAACGAAGACAACCGUGGCAACAGGAAACCCAGAAAUUGUCAAGGAAACCAUAGCAACAGCGCUGGUAGAAGGCAAUAAUAUCCUAGGACCUGUGAUUGGUCGGUUUUGCAUGGACCUUGCCAUUAAGAAAGCAAAAGACGCUGGCAUUGGCUGGGUGUCGGCACGAGGUUCAAAUCAUUUUGGAAUCGCCGGCUGGUAUGGUCUACAUGCAUUAAAGCACGGAAUGAUUGGUAUGGCAUUUACAAAUACAUCACCUUUGCUGGUUCCCACAAGAGCCAAACAGGAAGUGCUGGGUACCAAUCCAAUAUGUGUUGCGGCACCAGCCAAAGAUGGCGAUAGUUUCGUAUUAGAUAUGGCUACCACUGCCGUGGCGUUAGGAAAGAUAGAAUUGGCGGACCGCAAGGACCAACCUAUACCUGUUGGCUGGGCAGUGGAUAAAGAUGGGAAAUCAACAACAGACCCUAAACAAGCAUCAGGUUUAAGUCCUCUGGGUGGAGCAGAGAAUACAUCUGGAUACAAGGGCUAUGGAUUGUCAAUGAUGGUAGAGAUUUUCUGUGGAAUACUCAGUGGUGCCAAUUACGCUCACCAUGUCCGGAAAUGGAAGGAAUCUCAUAGACAAGCAAACUUGGGCCAGUGCUUUGUUGCAGUAGACCCGGAAGCGUUUGCACCUGGGUUUGCAGACAGACUAAGUGAUCUCAUGCUACAUUGUAGGAAUCUUGAACCAGCAGAUGGUCAAUCAGAGGUGUUGGUAGCCGGUGAUCCAGAGAGGUUACAUAUGGAAAAAUGUGACAAUCAAGGUGGGAUCUGGUACCAUCCAAACCAAAUUAAAAAUGCCAAUGAUAUAGCUGCGUCAUUACAAAUUGAGCCAAUGAAAACGCUGUAGAAGGUUGAAUCACAAUCAAAUGGACACACUGUCAAAACAUUUUUUCUAUGUGUUACUGUUGUGUAUUAUUACAAUAACAGAUGAUAUACUUGUGUUGUGUUUAAACAAUGUAUUAAAAAGAAAGAACCAAACGCCAAGUACAUUUCAAUCGCAUCUUCUCGAACCUUUCUUUCAAACUUUAGAUAAGAAUUAUGAAUAAUAACCGAAAAGUUCCAAUUGCGUACACAUGCCUAAAUUCAAAAAUAAUGGCAGCUAUCUUAAAAGGAAAGUAUGCCUAAUCAAGAGGGCCAAAAUAUUGCCUUAGAUCGCUCACCUGACAUAUCGAACUCAUCCAACCA